CGGAAGUCGGCGCGUUCUCUGGUGUGUGUCUGAGUCUGUCUGUCUCGAAGCCGCGCGCGGCCCGGGACAAGCGGGAUUCCCAGAUUCCCAUCUGAGGCGUCACCACUGUCACUACCAUCACCCACGGAGCCACUACUAGAGGGGAGUAGACCCGGCCCUUCGCCGGGCAGAGAAGAUGUUGCCCCUGUCCAUCAAGGACGAUGAAUACAAACCACCUAAGUUCAAUCUGUUCGGCAAGAUCUCAGGCUGGUUUAGGUCUAUCCUGUCGGACAAGACGUCUCGGAACCUGUUUUUCUUCCUGUGCCUGAACCUCUCUUUCGCUUUUGUUGAACUACUGUACGGCAUCUGGAGCAACUGCUUAGGUUUGAUUUCCGACUCUUUUCACAUGUUUUUCGAUAGCACUGCCAUUUUGGCUGGAUUGGCAGCAUCCGUUAUUUCAAAAUGGAGAGAUAAUGAUGCUUUCUCUUAUGGGUAUGUUAGAGCGGAAGUUCUGGCUGGUUUUGUCAACGGCCUGUUUUUGAUCUUCACUGCUUUUUUUAUUUUCUCAGAAGGAGUUGAGAGAGCAUUAGCCCCUCCAGAUGUACACCAUGAGAGACUGCUUCUUGUUUCAAUUCUUGGGUUUCUGGUAAACCUAGUAGGAAUAUUUGUUUUCAAGCAUGGAGGUCAUGGACAUUCUCAUGGCUCUGGCCAUGGACACAGUCAUUCCCUCUUUAACGGUGCUCUGGAUCAGGCACAUGGCCAUGGAGAUCAUUGCCAUAGUCAUGAAUUGAAACAUGGUGCUGCACAUAGCCAUGAUCAUGCUCAUGGACAUGGACACUUUCAUUCUCAUGAUGGCCCCUCCUUAAAAGAAACAACAGGACCCAGUAGACAGAUUUUACAAGGUGUAUUUUUACACAUUCUAGCAGAUACACUUGGGAGUAUCGGUGUAAUUGUCUCUGCCAUCAUGAUGCAGAAUUUUGGUCUAAUGAUAGCAGAUCCUAUUUGUUCAAUCCUGAUAGCCAUGCUCAUAGUUUUAAGUGUUAUUCCUCUUUUAAGAGAGUCUGUUGGAAUAUUAAUGCAGCGAACUCCUCCUCUUUUGGAAAAUACUCUCCCUCAGUGCUAUCAGAGGGUGCAGCAGUUGCAAGGAGUUUACAGUUUACAAGAACAGCAUUUCUGGACCUUAUGUUCUGAUGUUUAUGUUGGGACCUUGAAAUUAGUAGUAGCACCUGAUGCUGAUGCCAGGUGGAUUUUAAGCCAAACACAUAAUAUUUUUACUCAGGCCGGAGUGAGACAGCUUUAUGUACAGAUUGACUUUGCGGCCAUGUAAAUGAAUGAAAAGAAAUUAUGCUUUUUGGGGGACCUAAUUUUUUCUGGUACUGUAAAAUCCUAAUCAUGGUACCUAGCUUUUUAAAAAGAGAAAUCAUCACUACAACUUCCCAGCACCAAGUAGACCAGGCAGAGUCAGCCAAUUGUGCUCUGCCAGGAGUUUACAACUAAGGGAUCAGAAUUAAGAGGAUCUCUCCUGGACUUUUGGUCUUCUGUGCUUCUUCCCUCCAAACCAUUUUGAUUUCUGAGGUUUCUAGUUUUGUUCCAGGGUAUUGUUUUCUGUUUGUUUCCUUUUUUUUUUUCAUUUCAAAUGCCCUCACUCCCACCCCUCAUCCUAGCCAGUAAGAAAUUCAGGCAGUGGGCCUCUAAUCAUCUGGAAUGUCUUCACUGAAGCUGCUGGAAACCACUGCUUUCAUUCCCAGAAAACCAGUGUUAUUUAAAAAAAAAAGAAAAAGAAAAAUGGAAAUCUGCUUUAUAUGUAAUGUCACAAUUGUUGACGUUCUUCAAUAUAACCAUGUUUGUAAAAUUGUUUGUACCUUGCAAACUUAUGAACCAAACCAUAUUGGGUUUUCAAAGUGCCUUUGUAUCAGAAAAUGUAUUUGCCAGCAUAGAAAUGUACCAUCAAAGGUCAUGUAUAUGUUUUUUUUUUAAUGGGUAUUCUGUAUUCUGUACAAAAUAAGACGCUUGUUAGUAAUGUAUACAGAUGUCUUUUUGUGUACUUGCAGCAUAGGUUUAGAUAUAUAAAAAUCUGCCUUUUAUUGCUUUAUCCCAUCAAAAAAUAAAAGGUGUUAUUUUGCUUUUUAAAUCAAAUUCAGUUAUUACAUUAAAUUAUUUUGUGUACUGUGUUUUCAAAACUUUGCAAAUGCUUCUGUUAUACAGACGGGUGUUUUAACUUACUUAAAACAUCUGCUAAAUUCCAAAUUUCUAUAAAAGCUACUGUGUCUGUGAUAAACUUUCGUAUAUCUUUCCUUACUGUUUUUAUAGAUUCUAUUAAUGAAAGGAAAAGGCAUGUAGUGUGAAGGCAGAAAUGGUUGUGACAAUGUUAUUUUGCUUUUUCAUUCUUCAAAUGCCAAGUCAUACGUUUUCCUGUGCAAGUGUUACACAAAUACAGUUGCUUUCAGGAAUCCUAAAGCAGCAUUUUAUUGACUUUGAAGUAUUGAAGGUACUGAGUAAAUGUGGUAACAUAGAACUCUUCCUAACACAGGUAUCUUGGAAGUUAAUAAAUAAGUUGAUUUCUAGGCUCUUGUGUAUUUGAAAAAUAAAAUUGCAAUUUGAGAUAAGUGCUUGAAUGUUCUACUUAAAUAUUCUCUGUGUUUUAUGAAGAAAUUGUUCUGAAUAGACAUUUUCCCAUUGUACUUCAUUUUAUCACAAUGUAUAUUCCCUUUUAACUGAAAGGGAAAAAUUUAAAUUGCUGGGGGGAAAACCCUGCAGGAUGGAAAUGAAUGUUUAGAAUGUAGAUCAGUAAUAAGCACUUUUUCACUGAUGUGGCAGAAAUCACUGUUGAUUUUGUCUAAGUUUCAAGGUAUCUGUUUCCCUAUUUCUGACCUACAAUUUAUGAAAUAUACUGUGUUAGGAAAACUAUA